ACGGAAUAUUACUUUCCUUCUGGAAACGUCAUGGUUACGAUGAGAGUCUUCGUUGUUCUGCUGAGCCUUUGGGUAUUAACGGUAGCAGAGAGAAGGCUCAUUAUUGGAGAUAUGACCAAGUUCCAGGUAACCAUAGCGACGGGCAGCAUAUCUCAUGCCGGCACCCACUCCCACGUGUUCUUGGCAAUGACAGGGGAUGGAGGCGUGACGAAUGACGUGAAUCUCAAUGCAGAAAACAAGCACAUGUUCAGACAAGGACAAGUGGACAAAGUGGAAGUGUUCGCGCCCUCUGUCGGCCACUUACGAAGUAUCCGUAUCCGCCAUGACACUCAUGGAGACGACCCCAGCUGGUACAUCGAGACGAUUACCAUAGAGGAUGGGGUUGGCGUGUACGAGUUCCCCUGUCACUGCUGGCUGUCCACGAAGCACGGAAGUGGAUCACUGUCGACGACGGUGAAGCUGUAUAAAUACACACCACUUCCUCACAAUGGCUGACCGACCAGAGGGACUAAUCAUGACUUCGUUGAAAUCGACACUGUCUAUUUUUUUCCUAAUUGGGGGUUUAUUAUGAAGGACACAUUCAUGUUGAUGUAAAUAUUCACCUACCGCUUACUAAAUAAUAUAAUACAGUCAAUUAUCAAAAGUUGGAUCCUGUAUUGGAUUUUGAGGUUUUUGUUUACAGUGACAUGUUCAUAUAGAAAUGUAAACUGCCAGGCAAAAGAAAGUAUUUAUACACCCAUGUUUGAUGGUGGCUAAAAAUAAAACAGACACGUUAUGGUUUUUCGAUGGUGAUGUAUUUCAUACGGGUAUCAUGGUUGUGUUUUGGGCCGAAAGUUUUUAGUGACGUUUUGAUAACGUUUGUAAUUGUUUGGUCAAAGCCAAUUUACAAGUGUAUUUUUUCUUUUGCACGUCAGUUUGGAAUACACACUUAUUUCCAUGUGUGAACAUGUCCUGAUUGUGUUAAACGUUGAUAUCAUAUAACAGUUGGUGGUUAAUAAAGAAAUAUGUUUGAA